AUGCCGCGCAAGAAGAAGAGCUCGUCAGGCUCGGCAUCUUCGGCAAACAUUCGGAGGUCGUCGUCGGUGGCAGACUCGGCCAUGUCAUCGGCUGAGGAUACCACCGUCACAGGCUCGUCGCCCUCGCGCAAUGAGCCAUCGCCGGAAGAGCAGGCGGCCGAAGAGGAGCGGAUGGCUCGGGCGGCUGAGGCUCAGGCCAAGGCUGAUGAGGCGGCGGCGGCAGCAGCGGCGGCAGCAGCGCUUGUGGAAGCGCUGGAUGCCAAGGCCGAGGCCGAGGCGGCGGCCAAGGCAGCACGGGCAGAUGCAGCACGGCAGCUCGAGCAUCGCAAGCGUGACUGCGUCCUCAACUGGCGCAAAGACUUUGCUCGCAGGGAGAUCGCGUGCUCGCGGUGCGGGACUUUUGGCCACGACUUUGUGGCCUGCUCGGAGGAGCCAGUUCUGGCCACCAAGCCGCGGUGGGGCGAGGGAUGGAAGCACGAUGAGUUUGCUCGCCAGCGUGAGCGCGAGGUUGGUCAUGCAGCCGCUGUCCUCGAGCACUUUUCUCGUCGCUGA